GAUACCCACCAAAGCUCGUCAAAAUAAAGAUAAAAAUAAAAACCGAAAAAACAAUAGCUGAUUGAAAGGAAUCAUAUACCCGAUCCCUCUUCUCUCUCUCUGAAUCUUCAGCAGUGCAGAGAAGCAAUGUCUUCCCGGGAUAGCAAGAAACCCUCUAGGCAGCCGUCGACUGGACGCGCCGCCGCCGGCGGUAUCCGAACACUAUCUGAUCUGAACCGUCCUUCUGGACACGAUUCAGACAGCGACUCUGAUAAUCCCCAAGAAUACUACACUGGUGGUGAAAAGAGUGGAAUGCUUGUUCAAGACCCUUCAAAGCAGAAUGAUGUGGACUCCAUCUUUGAUCGAGCUAGGCAAAUGGGUGCAAUGCAAGGUCCUUUGGAAAGUAUCCGUCCUAGUUCAAGCUCAAGAAGCUUUAGUGGAACUGGGAGAACGCUUGCAGGGGAGACAGUACCUGCACCAGCUCCUCAACCUCCUGAGUCCAUUGUACAUAACAUUAUCUUCUGGAGAAAUGGUUUUACUGUAAAUGAUGGUCCUUUGAGGAGAUUGGAUGAUCCUGAAAAUGCAUCUUUUCUGGAGAGUAUUGGGAAGUCCGAAUGUCCAAGAGAGCUGGCACCUGCAGAUAGUAGGUCCCAAGUGCAUUGCAACCUCAUAAGAAGGGAUGAGAACUUCUCUGAACCAGAGAAACCUCAAGUUCCAUUUCAAGGAGUGGGAAGAACACUCGGCAGCAGCUCAACUGCAGCAACUUCGGAGCUAUCUGCCUCUGCCCCGAUCAACACCCAAACACCUUCUACGUUCCUUGUGGAUGAAUCAUUGCCAUCAACCUCACUUCAACUUAGACUUGCUGAUGGAACCCGCAUAGUUGCACCCUUCAAUUACCAUCAUACAGUUGGUGAUAUUCGUGCCUUCAUCGGUGCUUCAAGGCCCAGUGCCACAGGGGAUUACCAACUACAGGCAGUUGGUUUUCCUCCUAAAAUCCUUAGUGAUCCAAGCCAAACAAUUGAGCAAGCAGGCUUGGCCAAUUCAGUUGUUAUUCAGAAGUUGUGAUCACCUCACAGAAAACUGUCAUUGUCAUUUGCUACUCACAUACUGGUUGCAAAACCUUUUUCCAUUUUUCUUUGGAUAAACAUAGACCUCUACUAUAUCUUAGUUAAGCUAGGGAAAAUAUACUUGUAUUGUGAUAGUUGCUGAUUUUGUAUCUUUUAGAUCCAACUUUCACAAGAAAGUGGGAUAGUUUUAAGAUGUCACAUAUAUGUACUUUAUACACUGUGCCUAUGUUGCUCUCUUCGUCUUGUCUAAAGACAGCUGCUUUUUUGGAAAUGAAUCAAAAUGGUUUUUGUGCGGUUUAUAGUAA